AUGUCCGCGUUUAUCAUCACCUCCACGCCCGUCGUGCGCGCCUCCGCGGCUUCCCGCGCGUCCGCGCGCGCCCCCGUCGCCGCCGCCCUCCGCCCUCCCUCGGCGAGGAUUUCCACCGGCGUCGCCCGGUCCGCCGCGCUCCGCAUCCGAAGGCGCCGCGCCUCUUCCCUGACGGUCCGCGCCGAGGCCGAGGCCGAGACCGCCGCCGCGCCCGUGGAGUCCCUUCCCCCGGUCCCGGGCACCUUCGUCAAGAUCUGCGACGCGGACGAGCUCCCGAGGGGCACCCGCAAGAAGGUGAGCGCGCUCGGCAAGUCCAUCCUCAUGUUCUGGUACAAGGACUCCAUGGUCGCCAUCGAGUCCCGGUCCCCGGCCGAGGGCGCCUUCUCCGAGGGUUUCGAGAACGCGCGACUCACCCAGGACGGCUGCAUCGUGUGCCCGUCCACGCGCUCCACCUUCGACCUGAAGACCGGCGAGAUCAAGGACUGGUACCCCGACAACCCCGUGCUCCGGCGGCUCACCCCGAUCGAGACCUGCCGACCGAUGGAGGUGUUCCCAUGCCUCGCGCGCCCCGACGGAGUGUACGUCGACGUCAAGAACGGAUCCCUAGGCCCCGACUUUGUCGCCCCCGCCACCAAGGGCGGCUCCAACACCUCCCUCGAGAACAACAACGUCUACGCCGUCGAGCCGCAGAUGGUCGUCGUGGGCGCGGAUGGGAAAGAGAUCGCGGUGGACGACGACGGCGAGUCGGGCAUGUCCAAGAUGGACCCGGGGACGCUCGCCAUCUCCAUCGCGGGCGUCGCGGCGUUGGCGCUGGGUGGCUCCGCGGUUUGCGUGUUCUACGAGAACUACGUCGGCCUCGGGCUGUUCUGGCUGGUGGGCUUUGGCAUCGCGGCGAAGGUUGGACUGGACGCCACGGGCGCCCUCGACGAGGACAAGUGA